AUGCCCGCCCUACCCUGCAAAACUCUUCUCGUGAACUCUUUACGUUCUUCUGCACGUGCUCCUUUACAAGCCUCAUCUCGUCGUUGGGCUUCUGCUCCUGCUGUGUCAAAGGCCUUAUUGGCUGAUCUUCCUGCUCGUUGGGAUGGAUUACAAGAAUCAGAACAAGAUUCCAUCUUGACAGCUUUGGCCGAACGUCAAAAACUGCCAUGGUCACAACUUACGUCUCAAGAACAACAAGCUGCUUGGUACAUUUCUUACGGUAGCUGGGGUCCACGUAGACCAGUGUUGGCUCGUGGUGAUGCCACUUAUAUUGCCAGAGGUACUGUCAUUGGUCUUAUCCUUUCAUUAGCAUUGUUUGCUGGAGUCCGUUCUUUGGCAGAUGAAGAUCCACGUACUAUGACUAAAGAAUGGCAAUUGAAGUCAGAUGAAUAUUUGAAAUCAAAGAACGCCAACCCAUGGGGUGGUUACUCUCAAGUACAAUCUAAAUAG